UUUGUUUACAAGGAAGUGUUUUUUCUCAGCAAAAUCGUAAAAUACAAAUGUCAUUGUCUAUUUUUUUACAUUUUCACCGAAAGAAUUUAAUUGAAUGCCCUGGUUUUAUAUAAUGAUGUGUACUGUGGUUUGAUUUAUUUUUGUAUUUUAUUGUUGUCUAGCUAUCGCUCAUUGCAUUGGGACCAUCAGUUGAAACGAAAUGAGGUCCCUCAACUACGUUCAAAGAGUUAGUUUGGAUUUUACAGGGACUCUUUUCCCUCAUGCCAUAUGCCUCGGGGAUGCAGACAACGAUUCGUUAAAUGAGCUGAUUGUUGGAGACACAAGUGGCAAACUGCUUGUGUACAAAUAUGAUGACUCCAAACCUUUUAUCACAAGGAGCUGUGUGGGAAUGCUCACAUGUGUUGCAGUAGGAGAUGUAUGCAACAAGGGUAAGAACUUUGUGGUGGCUGUGGGUGCAGAGGGCUGGUUCCACCUCUUUGACCUGACCGCAACUUGCAAAGUAGAUUCAGCAAGUCAACAUGAACAAAUAUUUUCUGAUGACCAAAGGCCCCUGUUCACUCAACACAUACCUGCCAACACCAAAGUUAUUCUUAUUAGUGACAUAGAUGGUGAUGGUCGCUGUGAACUGGUGGUGGGAUACACAGACAGAGUGGUGCGAGCUUUUCGAUGGGAAGAGCCCUCUGAUGCUUCAGACAUAGGGAAUGGACAACUUAUUCUUCUUAAAAAAUGGCUUCUUGAAGGGCAGGUGGAUAGUCUGUCGGUAAAUCCUGGUCCUGAGGGGUUACCAGAGCUCAUGGUCUCUCAGCCGGGGUGUGGUUAUGCUAUUCUGCUUUGUUCCUGGACACAACAGGACUCGUCAGGCUCUGGAGAUGAGACUCCAACCACUCCUGGAAGUGAGGGACCUUCUCGAGAUGUAAUUUUGCACCUGACCACUGGAAGAAUUCAUAAUAAAAAUGUGUCCACUCACCUCAUCGGUAACAUAAGCAAGGGUUCAAAAGAAGAAUCAUCCAAAUGUGGACUAUUUGCUCUCUGUACAUUAGAUGGAACUCUGAAACUGAUGGAUAGCUCAGAGCAAUUGUUGUGGUCAGUCCAGGUUGACCAUCAGCUAUUUGCCCUGCAGAAGUUGGAUGUCACUGGCGACGGCAGAGAAGAAGUUGUGGCUUGUGCUUGGGAUGGUCAAACCUACAUUAUUGAUCAUAAUCGGACAGUGGUGCGGUUCCAGUUUGAUGAGAACGUCAAUGCCUUUUGUGCAGGUCAGUACACAUGCAAGGAGGGUAAAAACAGCCCCUGUUUAGUUUACGUCAGCUUCAGUCAUAAAAUCUACAUUUACUGGAAAGUUGAACUGGAGCGAAUGGAGUCCACUAAUCUCCUGCGUGUCCUGGAAGAGAAACCGGAGUUCAAAAGUCACCUCAAGGCUCUGGGAGUUGAUUCUGAGGACUCGGCAGCAGUCAAAGCUCUGGUGGCAGAUCUUCUCUACAAGAAUGCACAGGUGUAGGAGUUCAGACUCAACCUACGUAUACAAAAGAUUAGCAAAAACAGACUGAUGCACAGCUUGAUCCCUGACUCCAAAAGGGGAAGAAUCUGCAUGAGUCUUCAGUAGCUGCUGGUGGAAAGAUGAAUUCCAUUCUUUUCAAUUGCAAAAAUUGUCCAAAUUCUUAGGGGUUUUACCCUUAGCUAUAUACCACCUCAACUUCAUUGACACGUUGACAAUAUUAUAGUAACACCUAAUUAAAUUAACAUAGUAUAUACUGUUUUUUCUGAUUAAUAAACUGCAUUAAAUUAA